AGAAAUUAUAAUGAUGACUGGAGAAAGGGGAGGUAUAAAGCUCGUUGUGGAUAAGCAUGUCUUCCGCAGAAACAAGAGGUGGGGUGACAAAGCGUAUUGGGUGUGCCAUCGCAAGAACUCUGGCUGUAAGGCGACUGUUCUCACUAUUGACAACAGCGUCGUCACCAUUAAAGGAGAUCAUACUAAUCAUUGAAAUCCACCAUAUCAUAUCUGGACCAGUAAUGAUUCCGACCAGGCGAGGAGGUAUGAAGCUCCUGUUUGGAGACGAAAUCUUCUUCAAGAACAAGACAGCUGGUGCGAGCUCCUACUGGGUAUGCAAGAGGAAAGUCUUUGGAUGCAGAGCCACCAUACAGACCUACGGAGACAUGAUAGUUAAGGUUAAAGGUGUACAUAGUCAUCAUUAAUGGUAGUCAAAAAAGGGCAAAUUUGGAAGACAAAAC